AUGUAUCUGGAUCGCCGUGUAUUUCUAAAGAAGGAGCUCCUUCACGUGCAGAAUCGGUGCCUCGAGCUGGGCUUACCCCUCACGAGGAUCCGGCGCAGCAGUUCCGCCGCCUUGGACGACGUCCGCCCGUCUGCGUUUGACGGCACCGACGAGACCCCGCCAUCCGGAAACACUCCCCUCCAUUAUCCGGAGAGCCUCACGCCCAACGCGGACGGACAUGUGACGCCGGAACACAGCGGGGGGGAGGAAGGUGCUAGUAUUACUACUAGUAUUACUACUACCCAGCCACCGCAAUAUGUCGAGGGGUAUGUUAGUGGGAUUUCGGUGCAAUUGCCCAGUUCAAAGGCGACGACGGGGCCGCUGCCUCGAGCUGAAUUCACGACCCAAUUGACGUCGGCGUUGUCGGCUUUGUCCAGAACCCAGCAGAAGCCAAUCACAGAGCUGCACAAGCCCCAACAGCCAAUCACAGAGCUCAAGAAGCAGCCCCAGCAGCCAAUCAAAGAGCUGCACAAGCCCCAACAGCCAAUCAAAGAGUUCAAGAAGCAGUCCCAGCACCCAAUCACAGAGUUCAAGAAGCAGUCCCAGCACCCAAUCACAGAGUUCAAGAAGCAGUCCCAGCACCCAAUCACAGAACUGCACAAGCAGCCCGAGCAGCCAAUCACAGAACUGCACAAGCAGCCCCAGCAGCCAAUCACAGAGCUGCAGAAGCAGCCCGAGCAGCCAAUCACAGAACUGCACAAGCCCCAGCAGCCAAUCACAGAACUGCACAAGCCCCAGCGGCCCAUCAUAGAGCUGCACAAGCCCCAGUGGCCAAUCACACAGUUCAAGAAGCCCAAGCAGCCAAUCUCAGACCUGCAAAAGCCCAAGCAGCCAAUCACAGAACUGCAAAAGCCCGAGCAGCCAAUCACAGAACUGCAAAAGCCCGAGCAGCCAAUCACAGAGCGCAAGACGCCCCAGGAGCCAAUCAUAGAGCUACAGCAGCAGCCAAUCCCAGUCGAAGACGAGGAAUCGUCUCGGCCGUCGUCCGUGUACAGCUUGAACGACUCGGAAGUGGGUGACACGAUCAGCGUUUGCUCGGAAGACGAAGCAUGCCCGCCGCCAAACAAGGUGGACGCGCUCAAGGCGGAUUUGCGCCAAGUGGUGGCGCAGAUCGCCCAAGCCGCAAAAGACAAACACUCGUCCGUGGCCACCAAACUCAUGAAGGCGCGCAACCAGAUCAAGUCGGAACUGGCCCUCGCCCAAGACGAGAUGCAAUUGGACGCUAUCAAGCACGAACUGCGCGAAGUGGUAGCCCGGAUAACCGAGGCGACGAACCACGGCGAUCAGGCGGGCGUGGACCACUGGAUGCAGCGGCGGGCUGCGCUCAAGCUCCAAUUGAAAGCUGUCCACGAAUCCCUCGACAAAACGCAGCGCCAAGCCAAGCCACUCGACGUGCUCAAAACCGAACUGCGUGCGGUGGUGACGAAUCUGCAGCGGCCGCACUUGACGGACGACGAGAUGGCGCUGUUGAUGGCUCAAAAGACCGAGCUCAAGGCCGUGAUCAUGGCCAAACAACCCCCCCGAAACCCCUCCGACAUCGACGGGCUCAAGGCCGAGCUGCGCAAAGUCGUAUCCAACAUCACUCUGGCGUCGAAAGAGCGCGAUGAUGCGCUCGUGGAUAAGCUCAUGCGGCGGCGGGCGGAUCUCAAGGCCGCGCUCGCUAAAGCGCAGGACUCCGAGCAGAAGCGGACGUCGGAUCAUCGGCCGAGUCGGAGUAGCACGGCUGCGUCGACGUCGCUGCAUUCCGUGGCAGAUCCCGCCGGGUCGUUUGUGAAAAAGUUGCAGGCGGCGGCGUCGUUGGUGGGGAACCCCGAAACCCCGAAACCCCGAACCCCCAAACACCAAAAUUCGCUGUCGUUUCUGAGCCACAACCAGCAACCCCAGAACGAGUCGUUUCGAAGCAACUCUGGUGGAGGGGGGGGAUCCUUGUCCAGCAAUUCGCUGCACGACGACACGUCCGACUCGAGUUCGAGUUCCUUUACCAUGUCCGAAGCCAAAGUGGCUCAAAAUGCCCUGCAUGCGUUCAAGACCGAACUGGCCAAUAUCCAGCAUGCGAUGGAGAAAACCACCAAUGAACGAAAGAUGAAGAAAUUGCUCGAACAACGUGCAGAUAUGAAGGCUCGGAUCGCGGCCACCGAGGAGCAACUCCGCCCACAUGCGGCGUCCGUGCCGCCAUUGGACCUGGAAUGGGAUCUUUCCCAAGUUAAAAAAUAUACGCAAGGCCUGCAACACGAGCUGCGUGAUAUUGUGGCGCGAAGUGACGAGAGCGCGACGAGUCCCCAGCUAAAAGCCCGUCGAGCCGAGUUGAAGGCGGCGAUUCACACAGCUUUUGACCGCAUUGCGCUGCUCCAGGAAGAAGCAACGAUCCGAGACAUACAAAUCCCCAUACUAAGUCCGCAUAUGACCAAGGACGAGCUCACGGCCCACAUCGAAAUACUCAAGAAAGAGCUGCGCCAAGUGGUCACAAGUAUCGCGCAGACGACUGCAGCAGGCGCGAAAUCCAAGCUAAAGUCUCAGCGAAGUUCGAUCAAAUAUCACUUGGCCAUGGCCCAAGAUAAGCUGGCCAUGGUAUCGCAGUCUACUACUUCGCAAGCCGCCGCCGCCACCCCGAAACCCCGAAACCCCAAAUCCCCUCAAGACGACGUGAAAAUGCUAGAGUCUUAUAUCGACUCGCUCAAAGCCGACUUGAAGGUCGUGGUGAUGCACAUCACGCAGACGGCGGACGUCCCGACCGUCCACGCGAUGCACCUCCGCCGUCGGAAUGACCUCAAGCAGAACCUCCGCACAGCUCAAGACCAGCUUUUAGCUCUAACAGACUCUCGGUCUUCAAGCCACGGAUCCUCCAACAUGGACUCUGGCCUUGUGCUGGAUGCGCUCAUGACGUCGCGCAUGACGCAAGUGUACCAGAAUGUAUCGGAGAAAUCAGGGUAUUUGGAGUGGAUGCCCCAGACCCUCAAGCUAUUUCGAGGCGGAAAAGUCGUGUGGGUCCGCCUUGAAACCAGCGGCUGCCUCCUCUGGUUCAAGAGCCCCACAGAUCAAAAGGUCCGGGGGAUGGUGGACCUGGCCGCCACCGCCGCCCGCAGCGUCCAAGUCGCGUACGCCGACACCAACUUGGUCACGAUUUCCAUCUUGAGCCCGGGAAUGCUCUCCAAUCAUCAAGAGAUCAUGCACUUUCGCGCCACGUCCGAGCACGAAGCGCGGGGAUGGGUGGAUGUCCUUGGUGAGACCGUCGAGGUCCUCGCGAGGCAAUUUCCCCACCAAAACCAAACCGAACUGUUUGGGCGUAAUUCGGUCGUGUAUUAAAUACUAGUAUAACUUAACAACCAGAGACUCGGUGAAUGAUAUAUUAAGUACUAUUAUAUGAGUAUUAUUAAUAAUAGUAUUCAUUCU